AUGUCUACUUUUGGAGGGAAGCCAAGCUCAAGCACUUUUCACUCGAGUGAGUCUUCCAAGAGCAGUCAUCAAAGACAUGGAGGAACGGCUGGGGAGCGAAAAGCCAGUGGAAAUGGGAGUGCUAGUGGAAAUAGAAGAAAAAACACUAAAUCCAAUGGUACGCAUGGUCUUGGGGGAGGAAAUAAUCAUAGCCAAAGGAAUAAUGAUAGAACUGCUGGUAACCAAGAAAAAAAGAGAUACGGCGGCCCCAAAAAAGCUUCAAAACAACAGCAGUCUAAAGACGAUGUUGAUAUUUCAAUAGACCUGAGUGUGAAAGAUCCUAAAGUACAAAAAGCAGCACACUUACAACAAUAUACCGAUGAUGAGGUUCGUAAAACUGGAAGUUUAUUUCAUAAUCCAGAGUCCUUCGGCUUCAAAAAGUCACAUAAUAGAUCCUUGAGACCACGUCCAAAGCCAAGGUAUAUGAUUAGUCAACCUAGGAUGCUUGUGACUCCUCCAUUUAGUCCUGAUCCGUGGGACAUUCAAAAUCAAGAAAAUAUGCGUUCUAAAGAGAUAUCGAACAGCGGGAAAGACUAUCAAGGAUUAUACGAAGAGUUUCAAAAGAUGAGAGAGGUUGAAAGGAAAAAGAUGGAAGAAUUGGGUCUUGUGGAUGCAGAGAAUACGAGCAAAGAUCUAAAUGAUGCAAUUGUAUUCAGAGGAACAUGUUUAGAAAUGUGUCCCACGUUUGAAAGAGUGAGAAGGGCUUUGGAGAACAAUGUGAAAUACUUAGAAAAAGACCCAAAUACGAAUAAAAUAUCUCAUGAGCGAGCAGUGAAAGCGUUUUCUCGACCAGCUGCUGGUCAGCCGCCACCAUUACCAUCAGACGUUCGCCCACCUCAUGUCUUAGUCAAGACGUUAGACUACUUGGUCGAUAAUAUAGUUGACAAAUUGCCCGAAGCACAUUCAUUUGUGUGGGAUAGAACGCGGUCGAUUAGACAAGAUUUCAUAUACCAAAACUUUUAUGGCCCCGAAGCAAUUGAUUGCAAUGAAAGAAUAGUUAGGAUUCAUUUGCUUUCAUUACACGUAAUGGCAGGAAGUGACGUGGAGUAUUCACAGCAGCAAGAGUUGGAGCAAUUUAACAAAGCUCUUCAAACUUUGGUGGAGAUAUACCAGGAUGUUAGAAACCACGGUGGUAGGUCCCCCAAUGAAGCAGAAUUCAGAGCUUAUUAUUUGCUAAGUCACUUCAGAGAUCCGGAAUUAGAGAGGGAAAUUCAAGAAUUGCCGGACGAUAUUUUGCAGAAUAGGUUAGUGCAGCUAGCUUUGAUGUUUAGGACAAUAAUGAGCCAAAAUAAUAUAGUCGACAGGGGAUAUGUCAAUAAAAUUGGUGCGCUUAAUUUCUUCGUUGAGUUUUUUAAAAUUGCCUACAGUGAAGAAACACCUUUUUUAGUGGGAUGUCUUUUGGAAACUCAUUUCAAUGAAAUUAGAUUUUACGCAUUGAAGGCAAUGUCAAGAUGUUACCAUACGAAGGGCAAAGCCUACCCAGCAGAAUCACUACAAGCAAUGCUCGGAUUUGAUUCCAUGGAUAAAUUGACAAAGUUUGUCAGUUAUUAUGAAGUAGAUUUGAUAUAUGAGAAUGGAGAGGUAUUGGUUGACUUAUUCAACAAAGACAAGCUCGAAACUAAAUACAAGCUUAGCUCUUUAAACGAUAAACCAAAGUUGCUGCAAGCAUAUUCUACACAAUUGAACUUUAAGACUGAAGGUAAAAGAAUGAAGGAUUUUGUUAAUAGCGGCAAUCCGAAUGUCGACUUGAACUUGAAAUUUAUGAGCCAAAACAGCGAGGUCCAGGCAGCUCCCGAUUUGACCUAUCCCAGCGGGGGAGGCGUAAUUAAAAGUAAGUCAUUUAAUGACUUUCCCUCGACAACCAAGAGCUCUUCUGAAUUAGGAACUAAUUCUAGCUUUGGACGUGGUUCACAGUUUUCUUUUGCUAACUCAGGGCCAGCUGUUCCUUCGAGUUCCCAAACACUUUCAGAUUUUUUAAAGCCUUCAAUAAAUCACGUCAACAUCAAUAUUCCUGGGGCAUUAGGAACAAAGGAAGAUGCCCAAUCUCAGCCACAAGCUGCACUCCCAGUCAAAGAAAGUGGAUCGAUUAUUCGUACGCCAUCUCUGGUAUCAAACUUUCCUACAAAAAAAAACGAAGCACCAAAAUUCAGUUUUGGGCUGGAACGUCCAUCAGAGAACCAGGAAACACCUGCAGCAUUUUCUGGAUCCUUCAGUAUCCCUCUGAAGGAUGAUGGUCAAACUUCAGUUGUUAAAAAUGAACAGCAUUAUGUUCAGGAACCAAAGAUUCCUGAAUCGAGUCUAAUGACAGCUGAAGUAAAACAGAAAUUUCUAAAGGAUCAUCCAUUAUUUGAAAGAGGCGUUACUGAAGUGUUUAAUGAUAUUUUUAACAGAAGCAUUACUUCGGAAUUGUAUGCGACGCUUCCCAAAAUAAUCAGGCAUGAAAAUAUGAAUAGAGAACGGAACGACAUAAUUGAACUUUUUACUGAGGAACUUUUCAGUGCAUUUCUUGCCGAGAACACUUACCAAGUCACCUUGGAGGCGAGGGCUACAUAUUUUAGAGAUAAAAUGUUAAAGGUGAAAGUAAUAAGAAAGUUGGCUGAUGUCGGAACUAAACUUAAAAUCAAGCAAGAAAUCAAAAAGAAAAAGCUCGAGGAGCUAAAUGCUGUAUCUUUUGGUAGACAUACGAAGCGAAAGACUGAUGUUUCUCAUUCUUCAGACUCAAGUUUCGAGGCAUCAAAGCGUAGAAGAACUGGAGUGGCUCCAAUAUCUGAAAUCUAUGAGAAGCAAAAAGAAGUUCGACACUUGUGGGAGCCGCUUGAUCUCAGAAGGUUCUUGGACCAAUGCACAAAGAACUUGAAGAUUGGAAUUGACACUAAGGACAUUGAAAUUAAACUAUUACUAGUUGUUGAAGACUGGAGUAGUGCUUAUUCUAAAUGGCUUAAUACAAAACUUGCUUUGAACAUCAACAGGGAAAAAAUGAUCUACGAGAAUUCAGUCAAAAAUGCAUACGCAUCUUUAAAGAUAACAAGUUUACCAAGCAACAAGUAUCUUACCAGUGAGUUCUUCUCAAACACUUCUUUUAUCAUCUACGAGUGCGGAAUCUUGCAGAAAGGUACGAAGUAUAAGUCAACACGGGAGAAAUUAGCUUCUGACAAAAACGUGUUGAAUAAAAUUAUAUCAAUAGUGAGGAAGUACAGUUAUUUCAAGAUCCAAAUUUUGAUUUUGUUCUACGAUGACUUGGAAUCAAAUUUGAGCACUCAUGAAAUUUCUCAGAUCCUAGAAGUAAAACAGUAUCGCCAAGAAGAAUCUAUUCAAGAUAUCAUACUUUGCGAUAUGACUCGAAAAGGUGUCAACGUGAAUGAUAUGUUUGCUGAGGCAUUUGAUACGAUAAGCGAAAACUUUAAAGGCAAGUUGACUUUGAAGGGGGCAAAGAAAAAGGACAAAUUGACAAAGCGUAAGAAAGCAUCAUCCUCAGCUGAAAGAGAAAGCCAUGAACAAAUAUCAAAUUCUACAUUUGGGGCCCAAGAAGCAAAAUUAAUAAGUAAAGCAAGGUCAGCACGUAAAUAUGAUUAUCUUUCUAAGCACAUGUCUCUGAGUACUCCUGAUACGUCACGUAUGUCGGCGAAUGACUCAAGCGUGUUCAUGACUGCUAAUAACGUGUCGGGGAUCGGUAUCAACCAGUCGUUAAGCAACUUAAACAACUCAACAUUCUUGAAUUUUAAUAAUUCCAUCGGUGACAGCUCAUUUAACAAUGUGUCGAAUUUGACUGGUUUUGGAAAUGGUGUAAUUGAAGAAAGUACACCCUUUAACUCUCCUAAAUCGAAGAAGUUCGCUAAACCAGGCCCCAAUAAUGUGCCACGGAGCCUAGAGCAAUUAAGAGAGCUUACGGCAAGUAUCCGUGCAAAAUACAAGAAAUAA